AUGUUAAUGCCCAUUAAUAAAGUGAAUUCUAAACGUAUCAUUCUUAUAUAGAAAAUGAUAUUUAAUCGGCAACGUUGAUAGAACGUAACAUAAAAAAAACUAAUUUAUUAUCCCCCCCCCCCUACUUCCACCGCACUACUUACACUCAUUCUAUAUAUUUUUUUAGAAGAAAAAAAAAUCUAUUCUGUCACUCAAAAUCCAUGUAAAAUAAAAAUAAAAAUUCUGACGUUUAUUAUGCGCAAAGACGAAAUGAUAGUUAAGGAUCCCUUGGUCAUCGGCAAUUACCCGAGUUUAUCCGAAUUCUCACCCGAUAGCAGCGGAGUCAAGGAAGGGAAGAAGAAUGUGAGCAUUCUGGAACCGUUCAAGAAAAGGAAGUCCUCCUCGCAAACGUUGGUGAAAAGGGAAACGUGGGACGGGAAACUGGAUUUCAUAUUCUCUUGCAUGGGACUGUGCAUAGGAUUAGGAAACGUGUGGAGAUUUCCCUAUCUCUGUUACAAGAAUGGUGGAGGAGCCUUUUUGAUUCCGUACGGUUUAACGGUCAUAUGUUGUGGUAUACCGAUGUAUUUCCUGGAGACAGCGUUGGGACAGUACCUUUCCAUAGGCGGACUCGGGGUCUGGAAAAUUUGCCCAAUUUUUAAAGGAGUGGGAUACGCGGCUGCCGUUAUGUCGUGUUGGCUUAACGUGUACUACAUCGUCAUUUUGAGCUACGCGAUAUUCUAUUUCGUGGCCUCCUUGACCAAAACCUUACCCUGGAAAAGUUGCAACAACUGGUGGAACACGCCGUAUUGUCUGUCCCACACCCAGCAAUUGCCCCUGAACUGCAGUCGCUUUCCCGUCGAUCCUCGGACUUCCAAAAUUAUUUUCCGGGAUUCUUUAGAUCCCAAGCCGUAUUUUCCGGGAGAUCUAGCGAGUCCGCGAUACGAGAUGUGCCCUAUCAAAGUGGGCGGUUCGCUGAGAUGGAUAAAUUCGUCCGACUUCAACUCACCCGUCAAAGAAUAUUGGGAACGCAAAGUGUUACAAAUCAGUUCUGGAAUCGAAGAGGUCGGAACCGUGAGAUGGGAAUUGGCGCUAACGCUACUCUUGGCCUGGGUUAUUUGUUAUUUUUCCAUAUGGAAAGGGGUCAAAUGGACCGGAAAAGUUGUUUGGUUCACCGCGUUAUCGCCGUAUUUCUUCAUGUUUAUAUUGUUGAUCAAGGGUGUCACUUUACCCGGUGCUGGCGUAGGACUCAAAUAUUAUUUGACACCGAAUCUCUCGAAACUUAAGGAUUCUCAAGUCUGGGUAGACGCCGUAACUCAGAUAUUCUUCUCUUACGGUCUGGGACUAGGGACCCUAAUAGCCCUUGGCAGUUACAACAAACUUCACAACAAUGUUUUCAGAGAUUCGUUAUUGAUUUGUACCAUCAAUAGUUGCACGAGUCUGAUUGCGGGAGUCGUGAUAUUUUCGGUUAUAGGAUUUAUGUCGGUGACGCAAAAUAAACCGGUGGGAGAAGUCGCCGCGUCAGGACCAGGCCUAGCGUUUUUGGUGUACCCAUCCGCGAUUUCGGAACUCCCAAUUUCUUCCAUGUGGUCUUGCUUCUUCUUCAUAAUGCUGUUUUUGAUAGGGUUAGAUAGUCAAUUCUGUACAAUGGAAGGAUUCAUAACGGCGUGCAUAGAUGAGUGGCCGACUUACUUGAGAAAAAGGAAAGAGCUCUUCAUAGCUAUAGUUUGUCUCAUUAGUUAUGCUGUGGGUCUGUUCAUGAUCACCAACGGCGGAAUGUACGUGUUUCAAAUAUUGGACCAAUACGCGGCAAGCGGGACGUGCCUUUUGUGGCUAAUAUUUUUUGAAUGCAUAGCGAUAUCCUGGUCAUAUGGCGUCAAUCAUUUUUGGGACGAUAUCAGGGAGAUGAUUGGUUAUUACCCCUGCGCCUACUUCAAAUAUUGCUGGGUCCUUUUUACCCCGGCAGUUUGCGUGGGAGUGUUUUUCUUCGGUCUCAUCAAGCACGUUCCCAUCAAAUAUAUCGAUUACGAAUACCCGGUUUGGGCGCAUAUCGUGGGGUGGCUGAUGGCUUUCUCGUCUAUGCUUUGCAUUCCUGGCUAUGCCAUUUACCUAUGGUGCACAACCAGUGCCCAUACCUUUAAAGAUAAAGUUAAAAUCCUCUUCAGACCCGACCUAUCUGCUGACGAGAUAAGAAAAAGUUCUAUGGCGGGUAUACCCCCGUCCUAUCAUGAACAGAAGACUAGGGAUCUCAACGGGUUAGAAGACGGGAAAAAAUGGAUUACAAAUCCUAUCAUCACAAGAUCCGACAUGGUAUAAAAAUAAAGGAACGCUAAACCUUUCCUUGGGAAUAUGCAAAUCUUACCAAAAAAAGUAUCGGAAUACCAGGAGUACACAUAAUUUAGGGAUAUUUUUUUUCAAUUUAUAUUUAUUUUAUUUUUUCUUUAAGUUAAAUUAUGUGACUGUUGGGUCUUAAUAGUAAACGAUUCUUAUACCUCUUAGCUAUAUUUUCAAACGUUACUUUUAAAAUUAAUAAAAAAAUUAUGCGUACACGAUGCGUUUCUUUAAUUUGUAUAUCGUUA